UGGACAACUUUAUUGACACAGCCCUUGUACGCAGGGAUCAAGUAGUGUUGUCCUUCAGCAUAGCUAUCCAGAUAGCCUUCAUACAUAUCUUGUUUCUGGCGUAUCGGGAAUAACUGUUUGUUAAAGGAAACAACACUGUUGUGGACCAUGGCGGCAAGAAUUUUACCCGUAGUCAAACUGGCCACCAAGUUGACCAUUGCUGGAGGAGCUCUCUACGUCGCCUGUGACUCUGGUCUGUUGGGAAGCAGUGAGCAGGGCUCAGAGGCCCUGGGGAAGGCCAAGGCUGCAAUACCCCCCGCCAUAGAGGAAUGGAUGAAGUACUUUGGCCUGGAGGCUCAGCUUCCAACCAUACCUAAAGUGGAAUUCUCUCCGGUUCAGGCGUGGAACUCUGGGGUGCGGCAGUCAAUUUCAACUCUUUCAGAGGCUCCAUCAAAAGCAACUGCAUACACAAAUCAUGGAGUGCAGUACGUGAAAGACCUCACGAAGUGAACAGGAACUCUGCGGACAACCUGACAUUUAUCAAUCUUUUUGAGUUCUGCUCUUAAGAAAUGACUUUUCAUCAGUUGUAGCCCCUCCCCAGGAAAGAAGAAACACCCAACAUAGAAUAAAACAGUUGGACAAAAAGAAGUUGUGAAGUGCAGUCUCCUGAAUGGGUACUGUGGUUCUCUAAAUGUUAGUGGCAUUGGUUGGGAGUUGUAUUGUACAUAAUGCUAGGAAGCAAAAUGUAUUUAAGAAGAAAAAAAAGUGAUUUAAUUUUGUGUAUACCACCCAAUUUAAUUUGACUCAUUGUCUAAAAUACAGUAGUCCACUCCCCUUUGUUCCUAAUCAUCCACAUAAUGUUAUGAAGAGAAUGUCUGUUGUAUAAAUGCAAUUUCACCAUUUGUGACUAAAUAAUACAUCAUUCUUAAAACACG